UGCAGAUUACGACAGACCGUCAACGCAACAUGCUGGAGCUAGCCAUUGCUGCCGUUCUUCUAUUCAUCGUACAUUGGCUCAUGAAAAGAAGAGAUCACUUCAAUUUUUUCAAGAAAUGCGGCAUCCCUGGUCCACCGCCGAGCAUUCUUUUCGGCAACAUUUUGGAGAUGUACAAAAAGUCGCCGACCAAGGCUUACCGGGAAUGGAUCGACAAAUACGGCGAUGUUGUCGGGUACUUCAACGGCUACAGGCCUGUGGUGCUCGUAGCAGACCUCGAUUUGCUGAGGAACAUCCAGGUUAAGGAUUUCCAAGAUUUCACGGACCGAGCUCUCCUGUUCCAGGCCAAGAGACCUCCCAGCCCUCAGAACAAAGGCCUCCUGCAGCUCACCUCAACUCGCUGGAAGGAAGUGCGCAGUGUGCUCACCCCUUCAUUCACUACAAGCAAGCUCAAAAUGAUGUCUCCGGGAAUCAUUUCCGCCGUGAAAAAGCUGGUCUCCAGGAUCGACCAAAAAGCAGAGACGGGAGAGGAGUUCGAAGCGGGCGAGAUGUAUGCUGCCCUGGCCCUAGACGUGAUCUGCAAAAGCGCCAUGGGCAUCGACUACAACCUGCAGGAGCAGCCGCGUCAUGGCUUUCUGCUCUUCUGUCGAAUGCUGUUCGGCUGCGCCUUCUCCUUUAUCGCCGUCAUUCUUAAUGCGUUUCCAGCCUGGGAAUCCGGUCUCAGGUUCAUCAAUUCUCAUUGGCUCCGAUACCAGAACGGCGGCGUGCACCCUUUCAUCGACGUGCAAGAGAAGUGCAAACGCAUCGUCAUGCAGCGACAAAAGGACUCCUCGCUCCGCCAAAAGGACCUCUUGCAGCUGAUGAUAGAUGCGAAGGAUGCACACGUCGACCUGGACACAGUCACGUCGGCCCAGCUAACAGCCGGAGAAGACAACGACCAAGAGCUGCUGCAAAACAAGGCCGCUGGAGUGAGUACAAGACGCGACCUGUCUGUUUUCAACAAAGCCAUAUUGGACGAUGAUGACAUCACGCAGAACGCUUUCGUGGUUCUUGUCGGAGGGUUCGAGACCACGAGUAACGCUAUGGCCCUCGUGACACACAUGCUUGUGCACCACCCGGAAGCGCAGGAGAAAGUGCGAGAAGAACUGCUGUCAGUCGUGGGACCCGAGGAAGCCAUCACCUACAACACCAUUCAGAACCUACCCUAUAUGAACAGUGUCAUUCAAGAGACCAUCAGACUUUACCCCCCGGCAUUCGCGGUCGUGACUCGUGAGGCUGUCGUCGACAAAGAGUAUGGGAAGUUUCGAAUUCCCGCCGGCACUGCUAUCAUGGCGGCGGCAGAGUACAUCCACAGGGACCCUCGGCACUGGGACAAUCCUGACGAAUUCGACCCGGAAAGGUUCCUGCCAGAAAACAAGUCGAAGAUCAACACCAUGGCCAUGCAGGGCUUCGGAAACGGCCCCCGCAACUGCAUCGGAAUGCGCUUCGCGCACAUGGAACUGCGGUACACAUUCGCUCACAUACUGCGGAAGUACCGGCUUGAGAAGACAGAGAACAGCGAAAAGGAUCCACCAAACAUCGAUAUGAAUCCCCUUGUACUGAAGAUCAAGAAAGGCGUCAUAGUCAGGGCGGUGCCGCUAAAGGACCAUGGGGCUUCUACGAAGUGACAAGAAAUGAUGCCUCCUUUAUGAACUGUUAGUCGUGGUUUGAUAAACCCACUCACUGCAGCUGGAUAUCAGCUGCUGUAUUAUCCACCGCAUUUCGUCGACCAUGCUUACGGUUAUGUAUGGUACUGAUAAGAACAUGAGGAGGGAGCGACAUCAAGGCUGAGUUUUGCGGCCAAAUCGUUCGCUACAGUGUAUAACUUUAUUUAAAUGCUUGACGGCAAUGUAUAUAUUUUUGCCCUCAAGCAGUUCUUAUGUAUGCUUAAACGAAACUGCGGCAAAAAAUAUCGGUAAGCUAGACGUU